AUGUUAUUUGAAGCUAUUGCUAUGGCGUUUAAGUAUAAGAUUGUUGGAAGCAUCAUUAUAUUUGCAUGCUGUUCUAAGUUUGAUGCUGCUAAAUUGGUGCGCACUUUGAACCAUUUCGACAUACAAACAACCAUUUCUUGUGAUUCAAACAUUUUUAAAUAUACGCAUAAACAUCGUCUACAAGGAAUACUAUAUAUACCUGCAUAUAAUGAGUUAGAUCUAAUACCCUUGGCAUAUUUUUCAAAUUGGUACAAGUGGGUGAUCGUUUCGGAUACAUUACCUGAAAAACUGCAUACAGUGCGGUAUGACGCUGAUAUUAUAUUGAUAAAGCCGAUAAAUUUCAACAACACCCAGUUUCAGAAUGGAAAGGUGUUAUUAGAUGAUGUGUUUAUACACCCGCAAAAUGGCGCGACACUACAUGCCUGGGCAUAUUAUCAUGACCGUGCACUACAAGUUAUAUAUGAGAGAGAGAGGAUUCUAAGAAGAAUGAAUUUACAACACUUUACUUUGAAAAUCGCCACUCCGCUAGGGCUCUAUAGUAACGAUACAUACGAAGGCUCGUUUAAGGAUUACUUGCAGGACAUGUCGAUGCCGGAACGUGACUCCGGAAUCCGGUCCACCUACAUAACUUCUUCUCUCAUUAUAGAGAGACUUAAUGCCACUGAGCUGUUAAUACCAACUCAGUUGUGGAGUACAGAAGUAAGCAAUAGCAGUAUGCUGUUACAACUACACUACGGAUCGGCUGAUCUAGCUGGCGGUGCGCUGCGUAUUAUGCACAGUAGGAUAAAAAAGCUUGACUAUGCAAUGAAUGUUUGGCCGUUUCAUGUAGGCUUCACGUAUCUCGCUGAAAGAGAAAGCAGUAAUAACAUGUUUAUAGCGCCCUUCACUGUAAUGGUGUGGUAUUGCUGUCUUGCUCUGUUUGCCAUCUUGCUGGUGGCUCAAAGAGUAACAGCUAAGAGCUCUAUGGAGAAGGAAGGCGCGUAUAUGGCUGUCCUGGCGACGUAUUUGCAGCAAGAUGCAAGCGCGGUACCAAAAGGUAUAUCCGGACGUUGGGCGUUUCUCGUAUUAUCUAUAUCUGCGAUGUUGAUACAUGCCUACUACACAUCAGCGAUAGUUUCUGCUCUUAUGAGUACAGGAAGGAGUGGACCAGACUCCCUGCGGUCGCUUGGGGACUCCCGAUAUAGUAUUGCGUCUGAAGAUUAUGACUACAUGCGGUAUUUGAUGUUUGAUGUACCUACAAACUGGGACGACCUUGAAUAUCUAAAACGCAAGAAAAUGACCAAUGACUUCUACAAGGACAUGAAAGAAGGUGUAAAGCUGAUCCAGAAAGGUCAAACCGCCUAUCAUACGGAGUACAACCAACUCUAUCCACAUUUGAGAAUUUUUACUGACGAUCAGCUCUGCAAGUUGCAAUAUGUGGAUACUGUGCCUGAAAUUCUAUCAUGGCUCACGACGACAAAGCGUGGGCAAUGGACGGACAUAUUCAAAUCUACAGGUGCUUGGCUACAUGAAACCGGGUUAGCAAAGCGUAUAGUGUCACGCAUACGAGUUCGGCCACCGCCUUGCCGCGCGGCGUUGCUCGCUGAACGAGUCAAUAUACACGACAUAGCGCCACUUUUGGCGCUAACUGUUGGCGCAGUUGUAAUGGCCGUUAUUAUUUUAGCAUUAGAAGUGUUAUUUGCUAAAUUGAAUAAGAAGAAAUUAGCAUCUCUCCACGAACGAAUGAAUCACAUGCUCAGCACUCUGUACUCGUCACCUUUAUUGACGAAAAACCAAGAAAGUGCAAAACCAGAACCCAGUACGGCAAAACCAGAAUCAACUCCGGCGUAUGAAACUCCAUGCCAGCAGCAAUAUUCAGCCCCAGCACCAGUCCCCCCGGUGAUCUUCAUCGCUCCACAAGUUCCGCCACCACCGACACCAAGUUAUUAUGGGGAUGCUGUACGACCGAUAGAAUACGCCUAUCCACCAACGACAGCACCUCAGCCAGCCUGGAACUACGACCAGUAUUACCAGCAGUACUAUCAACCUCCACCUCCUAUAUACCCUCCAGCACCUUAUCCUUACCCACCGCACCCUUGCGAGACCAGCUACCCCUAUCCACCAGAGUAUGCACCAAGCUACAGGCCUCCUUACCCUCAUCAGCCGUACGCUUUACCGUAUCCUCCAAGCCCAUCACCAUAUUUAUCAUCAACCUAUCCAAGACCCAAUGAAAUGGCGACACGGCCACAAUAUGCCUAA